UUCGACAAAGUAAAAGUUAAUUUAAAGGAAGUAAUUUGUGUGUACGAGGGAAUCUUUAAUAAGGUAUAGUUACCCUUCUCUCUUGCUUUUGCCUCCUUUUUUUGGCGCUGCAUUUGUUUUGAUCGGAAGUUUUUGAACUUUUGAAGUUUUGAUGCUUGAGCUGCUGGACUUUUCAGCCGCUCAAACAUGCUAGAGCCGGCUUGUGCUUCCUCCUCCGAUGACCUUUCGAGGGGUUCGUUGGUUUUUCAGAUCUGGCCACCACCGAUCUGGAUCCCUGUCAUGGCGUCUUGGAGAUUUCGCACCAUCCUCUCCCGAGUAAAUUGAAGGAUGCCCCAUAACUAGAUCGGUCUACCACAGGUUGCUCGAGUGUCUUCACCUCCCUUCUUCCUCUGCAUCGGGUCUACUCUACCUUGUUUUUCUAGUUUGUUCUUUCUUUGUCUGAUACUCUUACCCCUUUGAAUAAGACCUUGAUGUAAAU